CAUCAUUCAUCGUUCGUUAUUCAGUUGACCGGUCGGUCGUCGUCGCCUGCUUCGCUCUCUUCCAAAACAAAUUUAUUCCAAACUUUGUGCAUUUUCCGUACGAAUUUCCGCCCAAAAUGUCCGCACCGUUGGAUUUCUACCAGGUCGGGGACGCCGUCUGUGACGAGCUGCUGGGCCUGCUGGAAAAGUUCGCCAACGAAACGCUGGCCAAGCAGGACACCUUCCGGCUGGGCGUUUCAGGUGGCUCCGUGGCCACCAUUCUGGCCGAGGGAAUGCACGACCUUCGGUCGGACUUUAGCAAGUGGCAGAUCUUUUUCUGCGACGAGCGGAUCGUUCCGGAGGACGACAAAGAGUCCACCUAUGGAGUGUACAAGCGCGACCUGUUGGACAACUAUCCCAAGUUUCCGAAAACGGCGUUCUACCCGGUGAACUGCAAGCUGAGUGCCACCGAUGCUGCCGUCGACUACGAGAAGACCAUCCGGAAGGCCUUCGGUCAGAAGGAGGGUUCCACGGAAGUGCCUUCGUUUGACUUGCUGAUUUUGGGAAUUGGUCCCGAUGGUCAUACGGCGUCGCUCUUUCCGGAGCAUCCACUGCUCGAGGAGAAGACGGUGCUGAUUGCGCCGAUUGAGAACUCGCCGAAACCCCCGCCAAAGCGAGUUACGAUGACCUACCCGUUGAUCAACAGCGCCAAGGUUUGCCUGUUUGGAGCGCAGGGAGCGGGGAAGGCUCAGAUCUUGAAGCGAAUCCUGGUUGACAACGACCAGUCCCUGCCGGUGGCACGGGUCAAUCCCACCAAGGGACGCCUUAUCUUUGUGGCCUGCGACGAGGCCGCUUCCCUGAUCGAAGGCAAUCCCUCCCGCGAGGCGAAACCUUGAACGAAGAAUCAGUGCCUUGAAUGACCACCAAGUGGAGCCUUUUACAUUCUGAAGUUUUGGAUUUAUUUUUGUGGUAUCUCACUCUGUUUUAUUAAAGGUGGAAAUAAAAUUGUUCACUUAUGUUACACUUUA